AUGACCAGCUGCCAGGAAUACACCAACAAGAUCCGCCUGGCCGGUCCAGAGAGCAGCGUAUCCUGCAACCAGAUCAAACCCUCCCACGACCUCCUCCUCUCCACCCAGCCCAGCAUGUGUGUGCAGUGCGAGAGCGAGUGGGCUGAGAACGUCUCUCAAGAAGACGACCAGACCCAAACCGCCAACUCUUACCGGACGAUUGAAGGCCUGAAUGCUACAGGCUAUGUGAUCGAAGUUAACGCGCGCAUGGUGAGUAAUUUCACUCCCGAUGACAGGGACACAAGUAGUACUGACCACAGCGACAAUGGUCAGGCCUUCUUGAGUGCUGCCGUUGGUGAUUCGGGCAAUGGGGACGCAGAAAGUGCUGGCCACAGCGACAAUGGUCAGUUCUGCUCGCGUGCUGUUGUCAGCGAAUCGGAGUCGGAUUACGGAAGCUUGGCCCGUUCUAAGAGGUCGUCUAGCACGGCCUUUAAAUUGGCUCGUACUAAUUCCGGUUCGUCCGAGACAGCUGCAGAUCUUGACUCUUUCGCAUCUAUAACCGUCAAGACCAGUCCGGCUCAUCUCGCCCACAGCGGAUGUGAGAGUGAUUAUGCAAAGGAUAGUGUUGAGACUGAAUCACCGGAUACUGAGGGCACUGGAUGUUCAACUCCUAGCAAUGCAAGCAGCUGCGACACGGACAGUUCUGGAUCGUCGCUUUGCGGAUCUUCUUUGAUAAGGUAUAAUAUACUGAAGCUGAGAAUUGACGAAUAUUUCGAGAAGCGACAGCGACGGCGGGAGGUGGACACUGACCAUCAACAGCCCGAAGCUGACGACUCUGGUGUGGACGUGCGUAUUUAUCUUGCUGAUGUAGAUCACCCUCUGGAGGACAGGCCUCCCGCGGACUCAGUUGAUAGCCCUGAGGUUGACUAUGACUCGUCCGAAGAGUCCGCUCUUGACAUUGACCUUGUGCAGCAGCGUAUUGAAGCGACCGUCCUGAAGCGCAUUGAAGAAAAUAACGAAAAAGAAGCCCGGGAGAAAGCCAUGUCAAAGCUCCUAGACACCGCACUUCUAAAGAAGGACUGGGACGACCGACGCGAGAAGAACGCCGAACUGGGUAUCGAAGAAGACCCCCAUCUCUGGGACACAGAGUCCCUUGUCCAAAUGUGGGAGGCGAAGAGUUCCAUCCCCGCAUCACCCGAUGACACCAGCAUCGCCAUUUCCCCACGCAAUUGUACAUCCCCCAAGAGCCAACAAGCCCCACCAGGCCCAGACCCCCAGCCUCAGAAGCACAUGUACAUGGGCAGCAUGUUUGCAAGCGAAGAAUCUGCCUACCAACGAGGGCUGCGCGAAAUCCGGCCGUACGGUGAUUACUCAGGUGAGUGGGAAGGGUUUAUGAUGGCGGAUUCUGAAGACGACGCGAACCGCCAGGGCCUACUUGACCCGAUUCAUGUGCGAGGAUGCUGUGCGGAGCGACGAGCCGACUUUCACCUCUACUACGGAGUAAUGCAUGCACCGUCGGAGGUGGAGGCAGAAAAGCGCUGGCUGGAGGAUAUCCGUCGGAUCCCCGGCGAGGACGGGAAAUUCUACGGGUUGUUGCGGGCGGAUGAUUUGCACCACGCCCGCGCGAUGGGACUUUCGGAUAUCCGCCAUCCAUGGGGGUGUUGCAAGGACGCACACUUUACGAUGCCGGAGCGCGUGCGUCAUAGGUACACUGGGUUUAUGAGUGCGAUCUCCCUGAAGGAGGUUGGGCAUAUGGGCCUCUGUGAUGCGGCGCCUGUUCCUGGUGAAUGUGGUGAUUACUAUGGUGGGAUGUACUAUGGUUAUGUCGAGGCUGACUGUGAGUUAGAUGCUUUUCAGAUGGGAUUGAAGGAGCCUGAACAUGAUCGGGAUUGUUGUGCGAAGGCCGAGGUUAGCGUGUCGAUCUCUGAGGCGGGGCAAUACACGUAUUACGGCUAUAUGUAUGCGCGUUCUGAGGAGGAGGUUGUGGAUAGGGGUCUGAAGGAUGUCCUGCUUGUUCCUGGAUUUGAGAUUAAGUAUUCUGGGAAUUUGCAGGCGGGAUCUGAGGAGGAGGCCAAAGCCAUGGGACUUUUUGAGCCUUCACGUAUUAAGUGA